GAGAGCGUGUCAGUCGUCUAACCGGAUGCAUGUAUGACAGACAAAAUCUACCCGACUGCCGUUCCUGCCACAUGAAAAUGAACCCUACCGUCUUGUUGUUAGCUGCGUUUGUACUCAAGGUGUUGGUCUCGAGUUCCAGUGGUCAAGCCCAAACUACCGACCCCGUGGACCGUUUCCAGCCACUCCGGAGAACAAGGUUCCCAACAGUCACACCAACAGUUGUUACUGGCAGUCUUACCUCCUUGUUUACCCUAAACAAAUGUGCAGGGGCAUGCCUGAAUUCCACCUCCUGCCUGGCUUUUCUAUGGCUGCGUGGAAUACUUUUCUCCAAUACUUGUACCAUGUACACCAUGAUCGAAACGCCAGUGAACGCCAGUAACAGUGACUUGUACUUCAAGACUCUUCCCACCACUGUGCGGCCCGCCAUCAUACCUGUUCCGACAACAACACAACCCACCAUGAUACCGGUAACUACACAACCAACGCCACUGACAACCACUAAAGCGAACCGUGUGUCUGCUUCUAAUGUGGGACCUGCAGUUUUAGCGGGUGUUGCCAUAGCGACGACAGUUGCCGGUUUCGUGCUUGGGGUGAUAACGAGCCAGCUGGUACAGUGGUGUCGUUCUAAAGCCAAGGGGAACAGAAACUUAAGGCGAGCUGAUUUGGAAGAAGAAAACCCUGAUGAUGGGCAUUUACUACCACUGCCUCUCCCGCGCACUGACCAGGCCGGAGAUGACCAUGUCCAGUACGAUGUCCCAACAGAAGGCGUGUCCGUUCGUCGCCUGUCUAGUGGACCUUACCAGGAACUCCGGCCUGCCCAGUACCAAGGCUUGGUUCACGAGUCGAAUGGAGACCCGGCCACACCUCCUCUGGCUUCUGGGGGUGACGACGACGGGGAGUAUGUAGAUCCCCAAGUGCCGCUUGCGAGGGAAGAUUCAGAUCCAACCGGAAACUACGAGGCAGUAGACGACAGCUAUCUUGAACUUCAACCAUGACUUCAACACAAGACAAUUAUAAACACUCCACUUCUUUAUGUGAUGUGUGUUUUUUUGAGGGCGUGGUCACAUCGGUCGUGCGAUCGUCAUACGAUCGC